AUGGCAACCAGACACCACCACACCACCAGCGGCGGCAUCGGCAACCGGCGAGCGGCCCGCAACGCGGCUUUUCAGGAGAAGAUGCGCCAGAUGCGCCUCCCCCUGGCUCCCCUCGUCCAAAUGUCGACGGGCGCCGUCCACCCGGCCUUCCCCACGACGCUGCUCAACUUUUGGCUCCUCACCGAGGACCAGCUCGACGACCUGGCGCGCUUCUACCACCAGCGCAGCCCCUCGCCCUGGUCUGGACAGUACCCCUGCCCCAUCACCUGGCAGUCGGGUCUCACGCUCGAAGAGAAGCGCAGGAAGAUUGGCAAGUUUAUCGGUCUUAGAGGCUGUGAGACUCCCAUUCGGAUACGUAUCAAGACCGAGGAGCAGAUCAUGGAGGAGGCGCGGCAGGCGAGAUUAGCCGAGGAUGAGGAGGCUCUGAGAAGAAAGAUGCCGUGGUACUCGUGA